GUGCCGCUCCCGGGUGGGGGCUGUUCAUGGCGGUUUCGGGGUCUCCAGCAGUUUUGCAGGUUGAGGUCCGAGAACCUCCUGAAGCGGGGUCAGCGGAGCUUGAGGUUCUUGCUGGUGUGAAAUGACUGAGUACAAACUGGUGGUGGUUGGAGCAGGUGGUGUUGGGAAAAGUGCUUUGACAAUCCAGUUAAUCCAGAACCAUUUUGUGGAUGAAUAUGAUCCCACCAUAGAGGAUUCUUACCGAAAACAAGUGGUGAUUGAUGGUGAGACUUGCCUGUUGGACAUACUGGACACAGCUGGACAAGAGGAGUACAGUGCCAUGAGAGACCAGUACAUGAGGACAGGCGAAGGAUUCCUCUGCGUUUUUGCCAUCAACAAUAGCAAAUCAUUUGCAGAUAUUAACCUUUACAGGGAGCAGAUUAAGCGAGUGAAAGACUCUGAUGAUGUUCCUAUGGUGCUGGUAGGGAACAAGUGUGACUUGCCAACAAGGACAGUUGACACAAAGCAAGCCCAUGAGCUGGCCAAGAGCUAUGGAAUUCCAUUCAUUGAAACCUCAGCCAAGACCCGACAGGGUGUAGAAGAUGCCUUUUACACACUAGUAAGGGAGAUACGCCAGUACCGAAUGAAAAAGCUCAAUAGCAAUGAUGAUGGCACUCAAGGUUGUAUGGGGUUGCCCUGUGUGGUAAUGUAGUAAGACCCUUUGAAAUUUCUGACAUCAGAAAAGAGCCACGUUCAAGCUGCACUGAUGCCCUGGUUCUGACAUCCCUGGAGGAGACGUGUUUCUUCUGCUCUCUGCAUCUCAUUGAAGCUCUGCUUCUGCUCCCCUUACUCAGUAGAUGAGCACAGCCAUCUAACCUGAGACCUCCUCAGAGUAACUACCUCCUCACUCGGCUGUCCAACCAGAGAAAUUUACCUGUUACUCCCCAGUAGUGUUCUGACCUGGCUUUUUCCUCCUUAGAAACACACACACCUCUGUCAACCGGGUUUGUCCUCUGAAAAGCAAUUUACACUUCGAUAAAGAGAACUAAACUAUAGAUAUGCAAUUCUGUUGACAAGAGUUUCUUAAGCUCUAUGGUAGCAACUGCUGGUGAUUUUUUUUUUCUUUUCCCCUAACUGUUGAACUUGGCCAUGUUAGUUUGUGGGGGAAAUGUCAUAAAUUACUGUUUCCCCGUGAAUAUAACUAAUGUUGCUGAUUGGAUUUGUACUGUGAUCAGCUAUAUUCUAAAAUCUGGCAUCUGCUCUGAGUUCCUAAAUGCAAACAUGUAUACUGACGAGUCCAUCCUCGUCUUCUCAGCUGCAUGAAAUUGAACCCAACCUUCACAACAAAGUGCCUUUUCCUAAAAGUGGUCUGUAGGCUUCCUUUGCCAUUUGUAAGUGGAAUGAAUAUUUCAAGAACCAUUGUAUAGGAAAGUGACUGAGCCAUCUACCGUUGAGGGAAAGGUGUGUCCACCUGAUGGCAGAUGCCAUGUCUGUGUCCAUAAAGAUAGUUUCCCUGUUUGGGAUUCUCCCAAGAUAAAGAUGAUACUGAAACAAUUAUGAAUAAUUUCACUUAAUUUUUAUCUAAUAUUUUUUGGUAGGUUACUACUUAUAAAUAUUUGUAAUUUCUUCUUGUUUACUGAUAUCCUAGCAUUCAAUGAACUUCCAUUAUAACCAAAUUUGGGUCAUACCAGGAAAUGCUCCAUCUGUAGUUAGUCAAAUACUAUAAAAACUGGUAUGUUAUUACUUUAUAGCAAUGAUCAAUGAUUCUUCCAACCUCAAAUAUAGUUUAUUAGCAGACAGAUUAUAUCUUUGCUGCAUCAUUUCUUCUUGGCAUAUAUAGAUAGAUAGUUAGAUAGAGCUGCCCUUAGUCCCCUUCUCACUGCCCCCCUUCCCUCAUCCUAUAGCAGUUCAAGCAUCCCACAAGAUCUUGAAUAAUUCUUUCAGUUGAAUAAAUCAUGGUGCUAAUGGACCAGGGUCAUGGUUUCAAAACUUGAACAAGCCAGUUAGCAUCACAGAGAAAAAAAUUCACCUAUAUUUGCUCCCUGCCCAUUACUUCUGCUUAUAGAUUUUUGCCUGAUGCCUGCUGUUAACGCUACAAGGAUAAAAGUGUGGUCCUGUACAAGGACUGGAAAUACUUAGUGUGCAGUGGAGUAAGCUUAGAAGUCUUUACAUUUUCAGAUCCUUAUUUUUAGCCACAUGGAAACUAAAGCCAGAGUUCAUACCUCCAUCCCUCUCUGCUGUCAUAUAACUGUUCUUUAUAUAGCUUUUUAAAAGUAUUUAUUUAAAACAUGUCGAUAAGUUAGUUUGCCAAAUAACAAAAGCUGAUGCGUUCAUUGAAAUCAAGAGAUAUCCUUUGCUGUUUGAGAAAAGAAUGUAAAAUACCAUAAAUGGUUGGUGUACAGGGGCUUGGUAUUCCCAUUUGCAGGUGAUGCCCUGGUACUUCAUUGGUGAGUUUUGUUUUUCAUGGUAAUACUUAAAACUCAGCCCAGUUAUUCUAAUGAAAAGUAAAAUUGGAUAUCUUGAUUGAAAAAAAAUGAAAUUAAUUCCAAAGUGGCCAUUUUCUUUUCUGUUCUUGUAAUACCUUAAAACCUACUGAGAACCUUGGGGCUCUUUUGUUUGUGACAGGACCUUGCUGUAUAGUUAUGGCUGGCCUCAAACUCACAGCAGUCCAAGUGCUGGGAUUACAGGCAUGUUUCACCACACCUUCCUGAUCCUUUACUUUCUAAUAUGAAUUUUCAUUGUUAAGCAAAUUCCCCAUCACCUUGGAACAAGAAACAUACCCUGUCUCCUCAGUGCUAAUGCUGGGACCAGUCACAUGGGGUUUGUGCUCCUAAACGCUGCCUUUAAGAGCAUUGCUCAGUCAUCCUCCUGCAGCUGCUGAGCCCAUUCACCUCCGCUUGUUUUGUUUUAAUGUGUCUGCGUGACUGGUGAUGUCUAUCCAAAAGUCUGUUAAACUUAAGUGUCCGGUUAGGGAGAAAGUUACUCCUCUUUGCUUCUUUUGACCAUAUCCUUCAUAUGUAUAUGUCUAUAGUUGGUCUCCAGUAUGUCCUGAGCACAGAAGUAUACAAAUGGAGCCAAUUAAGGCUUCAGAUGCUCUUGGUAGCUUAUGUUCCACGGGGUAUGAAUUUUGGCACAACAAUGGCAAACUUAAAAGCUAAGUAAGUUGAGUUGGUGUGGUAUCAAAAAGUGGAUUUAGGAUGUGUGAUUUCUAAAGAUAGUUCCGGUGUACCUCAACUGUAAAGCCCCUCCCUGGAUUUAAGUGCCUGGCCAGCUGUCACAAAUGAACAUAUUCCUUUAAGGCAGUUAUUUUAAGCUUUGUUCACACAUUGGAGAGUAUGAAAAUGAAGUGUUCUCAGAGCUCUGAUACCUAAUCUUGUAAACCUGUUAGAUGCUCUCUGCUCCAGCAUGGAAAGUAUGUGAGUUGGUAACGCAGUACUGUGUUUACUGGUCUUCCCGUAAGAGUGCUGUGUAUGGAGUGGUUGUGGGUUGGUUUUAUUUAGCCAGCCACCUGUAGAAUCAGCCUUUUAACUGCUGUGAACUUUUUCAUGACUUGAAUAUGAAGAUAGACACAAACUUUAUAAAGAGAAAUGUCUGUUUUCCCCAUUUUAGAAUGUGUGAGCCUAGUCUUGUCUUCCUUUGCGUUCAGUGGUAAACCUCAGCGGCAGCUCCCACCAAGGAUCGGAGCUGUGCAUCCCUCCUCAUACCCCAUCUCCGCUGGGCAUGAGAAGCAGAGCUAACGAUGGAAAACAUUUGCCUGGGUGGUUUCUGAAAUAGAGAGAGAGAUAGAUGAUAAUUCUUAAACAGUUUUUAUUUUUGCUAUUUCUUUAAGCUGUCUGAUGUGCCACGAAUUUAUUUUAAGGUGGGUUUUUUUUUUUAUAAGAAUUGUUUUAAGAGUGUUCUCAUGAGAUUAGUUGUAGAUAUUUUUAAAAAUACAGCUGGGUUUUAAAAGUCUAAGUACUGCUCUAAUCAAGUAUUUGAACUCUGGAGAGAAGGGGGUUGGUGGAAGUUGUAUGACUUUUGUAUUUCCGUGCUAUCAAAUAAAGGUCAGAACAUCAACUGUGCACACCUGCUGUUCCAAUGAGAACUGUUGGCCCCGUGGCCUAAGUGAAGGGGCUGAUAUUUUAAGUUGACUGUUCUAUUGUAAAUUAAUCCAUUCUAAUUUUUAAAAUCUUGAUUGACUGUUUUCCUUGUUAAAUAAUUAAAAAAUAAAUAAAAAACUGGAAGU